CCCUCAUUUGCAUGAAGUUGUUUAGACAUGGCGGACAGUGUCGCUGUGAACGGUUGAAAGCGUAAAUCUCGAGUUUGUGGUAUUAGUAGAGAAAACUGUCUGCUAAAAUGGCGGAUACUGGAGGAUACAACUUGGAUCUUGACAACCAGAAGCGCAAUGUAUUCGUCACACAACUCAACGAAAGAGAUGACGAGGAUGAGAUCACAGCAUUCCCCGUUGUCAAGGAGUCUGGUGACAAGCUCAUUGAAACGGGGAUCAACACGUUGCAGAGAACUCUCCUGCUCAAGAAACAAGUGGAGGUGGAGGCGGUUGACAUGGAGCUGUAUGAGAAGCGACAGGAGUUCAAACGAAAAAUGGAGCAGUGUGCACAGCGCCAGAUUGACAUACAGAAAAGACAGCAACAGAUGAAGGAUGAAUUUACCAACUGUGAGAAAUACAUCAAAGACUACGAGGCGAAGAGGAGGAGAGCGAUUCAGAAAUACCAAACAGAAUUAAAACUAAAAGAUCAGAAGACAAAGGAACUGGAAAUGUUACAACAACAAAUGGAGGAUCUGAAAAGGAGACAAAAACACUUAGAAAGAUCUGUAACCAGAUACAAGAAAUUUUCAGAUUUUUUGAUGAGAGUUAUAGAUAUUAUGCCCGAAGAUUAUAUACCUACAACUGAUGACAAGGUGAAGGGUCUUAUGAUGCGACAUCGAACAUUGAGCGAGUCAAGUAAAGCUCUCAUAGAUAAACUUGAGUCUGCUGGAGAUGAGAUGAAGGAACUGAGACAUGAAUUGGAUGAAAUAAAAGGGGAGCACACAAACAUGAAAAUGUCAAUCAAUGGCCAGUUGGCUCGAUUACAGCACGACCACGAACACAAAGAGGAGAGUAACAAGCAGAGUGAGCAACACUUUGCUGCUAACAAAGGAAAUAUGAGGUCAAAGCGAACAGAAUUCGGAGUGAUCAUGAUGGCUAUAGACAAUAUCGCAGAGAAAUGUCUGAAGGCUCUCGACCCAACAGUAGAGGGUCUCUCACUGGAGCAGAAACUCAAGAAGAUUGGGGACCAUGUGGUGGAGCGGGAGGAUGUUGCCCGUAUAGCCAUGCCCACUGACUCAACCACACACAAGGAAAGCAGCAGAGGAAACAGUGCAGAUCUCCAAAAGUCUAAAGCCAAGAAAAAAGUACAGGUCCUCGUUUCUUCUCCCUCGUGAUGAAACCCGAGCCUAUGUACUUCUGUUGAUAAUGUACCAUUAUUCCAAUCGUUUUAAAAGUGGCCAGCUCUGUAUAAAUUAUGUAUCAACAGCAAAUCAAAGUGAACAUGUCUAAUAUGGGAAUUAGGAAACCUGUUUAAUCCGACACCUUCCCUAUAGAGUAGUACUACAGAGUAUAACAUGUGUUGUGUUCAUGGUAAAUGAAUUAGCAUCAGUAAACUGAAAUAUCUCUGAUAGGUUACAAUGGAAUGGAAUAUACAAUGGAUUGUAUGAUACUAAGAGGUAAUGACCAUAUCUCUUUGUCUUAUGCAAAAUAAAACUCCAUGAAUAUAUUAGAACAGAGAUAGAAACAAGUGAUCCCAAGCAGGAACCUCAUUUUGCCUGAGGUCUUUCAACCCUUUAACAAUUUUUCUAUAUCUUAGAAAGUAUAGAAGGGAUCUUUUCUAAAAUAAUAUAUGUAAUCUCCCCAUGGUCCCAAGUCCUGCAUAUUGUAUUUUGGGACUGACUGGAAACCAAAAUAAUUCGCCAUCACAGGAUUCUUCUAUACAUCAGAAAAUUAAGAAGAAAGAACAGAAAAGAUUAGAUAGAAAAUUUAAAAAGAUCCUUCUGGGACCUGUUGUUAGUGUUACGUGUUUUUAUAAGUUAUAAUACAUGGUGUUUUACUUUAGUGAGAUAAUGUGUACCAAUACUAUAGACUGCUAGUGAUUUGUGUCCCUAAUUUACUUGAAUGAUGAUGACAGGUUGAUACGUAUGUUAUCAGGGCAUAACAUAAAUAUCACAGUUAUACUGGAGAGAUUUUAAUGUCAGACACAGUUUAAUAGGAAGUGGUGAUUUGUAUUAGAGCUGGUACGUCAGGAACAGUUCCAUGGGAACGAUACUUUAGUUAAGAAAUGUACUGGUGUGGAAUAUUCUGUUAAAAUUUACACCAUGCUAGUACUCUUGUAGUUUUGGAGGUGAUGAGAUGUACAAAGGUAGAACCUGUACAGAUUGGGGUAGCACCUGUAUAGAUUGGGGUAGCACCCGUAAAGAUUGGGGUAGCACCUGUACAGAUUACGGUAGCACCCAUAGAUUGGGCAGCCCCCGUACAGAUUGGGGUAGCACCCGUAAAGAUUGAGUAGCACCCGUAAAGAUUGAGUAGCACCCGUAAAGAUUGAGUAGCACCUGUAAAGAUUGAGUAGCACCUGUUCAGAUUGGGGUAGUACCUGUAAAGACUUGGUAGCACCCGUAAAGAUUUGGGUAGCACCCAUAAAGAUUGGGCAGCCCCCGUAAAGAUUGGGGUAGCACCUGUAAAGACUUGGUAGCACCCAUAAAGAUUGGGGUAGCACCUGUAAAGAUUGGGGUAGCACCUGUAAAGAUUGGGGUAGCACCUGUAAAGACUUGGUAGCACCCGUAAAGAUUUGGGUAGCACCCAUAAAGAUUGGGCAGCCCCCGUAAAGAUUGGGGUAGCACCUGUAAAGACUUGGUAGCACCCAUAAAGAUUGGGGUAGCACCUGUAAAGACUUGGUAGCACCCAUAAAGAUUGGGGUAGCACCCGUAAAGAUUGGGGUAGCACCUGUAAAGAUUGAGUAGCACCUGUAAAGAUUGGGGUCGCACAUGUAAAGAUUGGGAUAGAAACAGCACCUGUGAAGUUUGUGAUAGCACCUGUCAAGAUUGGAGUAGCACCUGUAAAAACUGAUGUAGCACCUGCAAAAAUAAGCACCCAUACAGAUUUCACAAAAUUCUGAAACCAUACUGUUUUGUUAGAUGUGAAGGAAAGAAAAGAUUAAUGAACUAAAGUUGAGAAAAUAGAGAGAGAGAGAGAGAGAGAGAGAGAGAGAGAGAGAGAGAGAGAGAGAGAGAUAUGAAAAUGUGUGAUUCCUUAUCCUUAUUUGCAUGAUCUCUGGUGCAGUUGUAGUAUGGGAACUGCCACCGCGUUACUACACAAGGUUUCCCUUUAAUUUUGCCGUUUUGUUACAAUAGUGUGUCAGUAAUUAUAGCCAUGUUCCCAAAUUACUGAGCAGCAUUUCACAUAAUUCAGUGACAAACAUUUAUUUUAUUCACGAUUUCUUACUUUAUAAAAUAGCAUUACAUGCAGAGCUCAUUAGUCACGUUCUGACAUGCAUUCAUUUCUUUAUACUGGAUAUCAUACAAACAUUCAAAUUAUAUAUAUCUUAAUGAGAAAAAAAAAACAUCAGCAAAUAAUUGCCCGGUCAAUCAUUGUCAGAAAUUUGUUAAUCUCUAUACUCAUAAAUAUAUCAUGUUUGUUGAUGUAGGUGCAAGUUGUAAUCCCUUCGUGUAGUUUACCAUGGUGAUGAUUUAACUGAAUUGUGUUUUCAUGAAGAUGCUAAUUGUAAGGGGAGGUAACUCGUAUCUUUGCUGUAGAGUGGAGUGACAAUUAGUUUGUGAAAAAAGUCACAUAAUAUCAAUAGCACCCAAUACAUUGUGUGAAAUUAGGAUGAAAUUUGAUCAGCUAAAGAAACACCUAUGAACAUUUUUAUAUGCAUAAGCAAUUGAUUAAAAUUGCCUCCAUUAUUAUAAAUAAGUAUAAAAUUAUCAUUUUACUUAUAGUAUGCAAAGUUGUUUAAUAAACAGUUUUUUUUGUAUUGAUACAAAGUCGCACACUUGUCUGGACACUGGUUCCAUUUUGAAUUAAAGCCAGUACAAUAUAUCUUAUGUAAGUACAGAAAAUUGACUGAUCCAGAUUGUCAAAGGUUCCAUCAGUGGAUGGCUUUAUUUUUAUUUCAUUAACAGUCUUUGAUUUGAAUACCUAUACUAUGGGAUAGCCAAGGACCUUGAUACCAGGGUAACUGUAUGGAAGCAUUCACCUUGCCAAACCGCCCUCAAAUGACGACAUUAUCAUUUACCUCACGAAAUGAACAAAAUAAAAUUAUCUUGUCAAAUUGAA